AUGACUUCUCAGGAGGAAAGCCCCACCGCCGUGGCUGCUGCUGCUGCUGCUGCUGCUGCAAAUAAUAAUAAUAAUGCUGAUGCGGCCUCAGCGAGCGAAGUCGAUUCCACGCUGCGUAAGGCGGGGUGUGUGCAGUUGUCUGUCUCUUCCACGUCUUGCGUGGGCACGCAGCAGAGUGCACCGUCCGAGCUCCCCGUCACGUCUACUUCUGGCCAGCUACAGGGCACCACGCAUACGCCCGGGUUCGGCAGCGGGAACGGCAGCCACGAUGCUACCGCAAACGCCGUCACCGCUAAGCUGGAGGAGGCGCAGAAAAUGUAUGCAAAGGCAGAGGCAAGUGUGGCGAACGGACUUUCCCUAUGCAGCGAUUGGCUUUGCGCACGCGACCUUUUCUACGAGGCGGGUGCGCUCUUUGGUACCUGUGGCUAUGCGGAUUUGGCUGCCAAGGCGUUUCUACACGCAGGCCUUAUUGCUGAUGCGUUUAAGAAUGAGUGUGAAACGAUUUCAAUGCUCUCCCUGGCGGCGGAUAAUCUGCAGGUUGUGCAGCCCGCCAGCGCCGUGGAUGUGUUGAACUUUCUUUCCGAUUCUUUUGUAAAGAGCGGCCUCAUCAUUCAGGCGGCGCGGUGUAGGCGGGAUGCGGCGGAGAUCUUGGAGUACCGCCUUGAUAUGCCUGUACAGGCGGUCGAAGCGUAUAAGGCGGCGAUGCAGCUCUUCGGUGACCGCGCCUUCACAAAAUCCUUCACCCGCGGCUGCAUGGAACGCAUCUCCGCGCUGACGACCAUGCAGAUGCAGUUCGAGGAGGCGGCGGAGUUGUACUUGGAGGAGGCGAAGAUGGUGCAGCGGUUUCUUCCAAAGACGCGGCAGUUUCUUUACUGCUUGCUGUGUCUCCUCGCCAACGGGUUCGGCACCGAUGAUCGCUACUUUGACGCGCUGUACAUCACGCGCAAGAAGUUUGACGCCCUGCAGGAGGAGGAAAAGAACUUCCAGCAGGGGAAGGAGUACGCCCUCGCACGGCACCUUAUUGAGGCGAACGAUCACGGCUCCCUCAGUGAGUUUGACGUCGCGGUGUUUACAUACAAAUCCUGCACGACGUUCGUGCCCGACGUCGUCUUCGAUUUACUCAUUGAGCGCUGCCGUGCCAACCUCUACGAGCAUCUGGAACAAUACAUGUAA